UAGUAUUAGUUCAAUUGGAUGACACCAUCCGCCUUUCUAAGCGCGCAAUUUUCAAGUUUAACGGAAUUUGAUUUGUCGUAAAGAUUAUUCCAUGCCCAUUAGCUAGCUACUCUAGAAACUAUUGUACAUAUUGUUUCGUUUUCUGUUUUAAAUAUCAUCUGGUGAAAAAGUGUAUGAGUAAACCAGUGUGGUAGGCUAUGUAUGCUAUCCACUACUAGCUGCCGAGCUAACGUGAACUGUCGGGAGAAAAUGCCAACAGCAAUGGACGAGGAGGAAAGAAAACUUCAGAGACUGAAAGCAGCAGUCCACUAUACAGUGGGAAGACUGUGUCAAAGCAUUGGUGAGGAUCAUCAGAAGGAAUUCAGUCGACAGGUUAUAGCAGCAAUAGCUGAAACGACGUUCAGGCAAUGUGAUAUUUUUGCAAAGGACUUGGAGGCCUUUGCAAGGCAUGCCAAAAGAAGCACAGUAUCUGUAGAGGAUGUGAAGCUUACAGCUCGUCGAAGUACAGCACUGUCGAACUUCAUACAAAGGAAGAGUGAAGAGAUUGCCAGCACCAACCAGGAGCAGAGAGACACAAGGAAGAAGAUUGCAGGGAAGAGGAAGAAUACAGAGAUGGUGUAGGGAGGGAAAACAUGCUACUCUAGUACUGAGUGAAUGGCUUUGAUUAUACAGACAGUUAAUAGUAUGUGUACUUUUACGGCAUCAACUGCUCGACCAAACUUGCAGAAAAUAUUUAUUGAUUACAAUUAAGUGGUACAGCAAUAUUAUCUUCAUUGGCUGAAAUGUAAGCACUGUUCCAAUGUCUUCUCCAAAUGUAUUUACAGAUCUACACAUUAACACCAGUUCAAUACAAUUUUGAAGGGCAACAGGUGUUCCCAUACACUAUUGAGAUGUGCUGUAAUAUCCUUUGUGUACACAAUCUGAAAUAUCAACCUGUUCAUUGUCUUGUCCCAAAGAAUAGAUUAGUUCUACCCAAUGCUGCAAUGUUAUUUUAAAAUAGCCAAAUAAACAAUACUUGUCAUCAGG